UUUAUUUAUUUUUCCUUUUUCAAUAAUUGUGCAAAGUUGCAUCUACUUCUCUACUUAAGACUAGUAGACAUCUUCUCUGUAUCAAAAUUGAAUUACAUACACUUGUUCCUCAAUGGCAUUCAGUUUACCCUCUUCCUCCUCCGCCUCUUCUUCUUCCACUCUCAAACGGCUUUACGAUGUAUUCUUGAGUUUUAGAGGAACAGAUACUCGCAAUACUUUUACUACCUAUCUAUAUCAUACUCUAUGUCAAAGGGGAAUCAAAACCUACAUAGAUGAGAAAGAUCUUGAAAGAGGAGAGACAAUUUCACCUACACUUCUCAAAGUCAUUGAGGAGUCAAUGAUUUCUAUCAUUGUAUUAUCUUCAAACUAUGCAUCAUCUACAUGGUGCUUGGAGGAGCUAACGAAGAUCCUUGAGUGUAAGAAAACAAAACAACAAAUUGUUUUACCAGUAUUUUACCAUGUAAAUCCAUCAGAAGUACGAAAUCUAAGAGGACGUUUUGCAGAAGCUUUGGCUAAACAUCAGGAGAGAUUCAAGGAGGACCCAAAGGUGCAAAAGUGGAAGGAAAGCCUACAAGAGGUUGCCGGUUUGUCUGGAGAACAUUUGGAAGACGGGAAUGAAUAUGAAUUUAUGCAUAAAAUCAUUCAAUGGGUGGACUCGACAAUAGAUAUUAAAACUGCAUCCCAGUUAGACAUUGCUGAGUAUCCAAUUGGACUAGAUUCUCCUCUAAAUGCCUUGAAUACUAAGUUAAAAAUUGGAAGGAAUGACAUUACUCUCAUGAUAGGGAUUUACGGAACUGGUGGAAUUGGUAAAACAACUCUCGCCAAAGCAGUCUUUAACUCAAUUGGACAUCAAUUUGAAGCUAGAUGUUUUCUAGCAAAUGUUAGAGAGAAAUCGAGUCAAGUGGACGGUCUGGUCACACUGCAAAAGCAACUUCUUUAUGAGCUCUUAGGAAACUUUGGAAGUUUGAAUAUUGGCGGUGUUGGAGGUACUGAUGUUAUAAAGCAUAGGCUCUGCUCUAAAAGGGUACUUAUAAUUUUUGAUGAUGUGAGCAAGUCAUGCCAAUUACAAAAACUAGCUGGAAAUCAUAAUUGGUUCGGUCCAGGAAGUAGAAUAGUAGUAACAACAAGAGAUCAAUGUCUAUUAACUUCUCAUAAAGUUGAUUCAACCUACAAAGUGCAGGAAUUGGACGACAACCAAGCUCGUCAGCUAUUUAGUUGGCAUGCAUUUGAAAGAGACACUCCAGUUGAAAGUUAUGUAGAACUCACAAAAGAUAUAAUAGGUUAUGCUAAGGGCCUUCCACUAGCUCUUAGAGUGCUUGGUUCAUAUUUGCAUGGUAGAAGUAUACAAGAUUGGAAAAGUGCAUUGAAAAAGUAUAAAAGAAGUCCUCCCAAGGAUAUUUAUGAAAUUCUUAAAAUAAGCUAUGAUGGGCUGGAAAAUGAUGAAAAGAGUAUUUUUCUUGACAUUGCAUGUUUCUUCAAGGGGAAAUUUGUUCGGAAAUCUGUUCACUAUGUCACGAAAAAACUAGACAUUUGUGAUUUUUCAGCAUCUAUUGGCAUGACAAGACUUAAAGAAAAAUGUCUCAUCAAUAUUAAUUAUUUUCAAUGUGUGGAGAUGCAUGACUUAUUGCAAGAAAUGGGUAAAGAAAUUGUUCGACAAGAAUCGUCCAAAGAAGCUGGCAAGCGUAGUAGAUUGUGGUUUCAUGAAGAUGUUCGCCAUGUAUUUGAAGAAAAUACGGGAACAGACAGCAUUGAAGCGAUUCUGUUAGAUAUUCCUGAAGGCCAUGAUCACAAGAUAUGCUUGGAUUCCAAGGUAAUUAAGAAGAUGGUGAAUCUUCGAUUAUUGCAUAUAAAUCGAAAUGCACAAUUUUCUGGAGGACCACCAAAUUAUCUUCCUAAUGAGAUAAGAGUGCUUGAUUGGCCUGAAUAUCCUUGGUCAAUUUUACCUUCUAAUUUUCAUGGAAAAAAGCUCGUUGAAUUUCGAAUGCCUAAUGGCCUCCUCAAGGAGUUAGGCGGCCUAAAAUCCAAGAACUUGACAUUUAUGGAUUUAAGUUAUUGUCAAUUCUUAACAAAAAUUCCUGAUCUUUCAAGUAGCCCAAAUUUAGAGACGUUGGAUCUUGAAGGUUGUAAGAACUUAGUUGAGGUUCAUGAUUCCGUUGGAUUCCUUGAUAAGUUUAGGGAAUUUUCUGUUAGGGGAUGCUCCAAGCUUAGGAUUUUGCCGAAAAGAUUCAAGUUGAGAUCUCUAUGUUCAUUUGAUCUUCAAGAGUGUUCGAGUCUCGAAAACUUUCCAGAGAUUGAGUGUGAAAUGGAAUUUUUACAUGUGUUGAAUCUUCGUGACUCUAGUCUAAAAGAACUACCUUCAUCAAUUGAGAACCUCAAAGGACUUAAACUGUUAUCUCUAAGAUGCUCUAGUCUAAAAGAACUACCUUCAUCAAUUCUUCCUCAGCUUAGAAAAUUAAAGGGAGUAAAUCAAAGUCUAACGCGUUUUGUCAAAGUCGAAGGUUAUUCACUAGUACCAAUACACAUUAGACAGGAGGAAGAGAAUGGUACACACUCCACGCCAUCUGUUGUGUCUACAGGCGAAGAAUGUGAAAUUGCAGAAUUGACUCCGACAAAUUCAAUCAUUUUUAGUGAUGCAGGUUCCUCCUCAAGCACGAUGAUUUGGAAAUCGCUACGAGUUUUAACUCUUCGAUCCUGUUGCCUGUCAGAAUCAAAUUUCUUCACAAAUGGCAACAAUUACUUUCCCGAUUUGGAAUGGUUAAAUCUAAGUGGGAGUGAUAUUGUUAUCUUUCCACCUCAAAGCGUCAGAUUUAAUAGGUUGCGAGACCUUUGUUUGAACAAUUGCAAGAAACUUGAAGAAAUUUUACCUCUUCCAUCAAGUAUAGCAAGCGUUGAAGCUCGUGAAUGCACGUCAUUGCAAAGUUUUGCACUACCGUUUGAAAUACUUGCUAGAAAAAAAAAUGAAAAGAAUUUUCCUAACCACCUAAGGAUUGACUUGUACGGAUGCCACAAACUGAUUCCUUCAUGGGAAGAUCAGAUACAUUUUAGGGAACAAAAUUGGGCACGCCACUUUAAAGAUAGAUAUAUUUCCAUUAUAUUUCCAGGAGAGACGAUUCCAAGCUGGUUCAUCUAUCGCAAGGAGGCCCAUGAUGGUAAUCUGUGUGAACUAGAUGUUGAUCUACCACAUCGUUGGAAUCACAUAGUUUUCUAUGUUGUUUUUGGACUUAGAGUUGGGAUCACUAACCCAGUAACGGAGAUGGCGGAUUCUAUUACGCUUAAAAUCCUUUAUGGCUUGGAUCCAGAGAACUUGAAGCUUGAAAAGCUCACUCCAUCUCAGAUUGUCUGUAUCGGGUUCUCGGCGUCGUUGCAUCAACUCCUCUUGCAGAAAAUUAAGAACUCCAAUUAUACAGGGAAAUGGAAGACUCCUUGGAUUGAUAAUCCAGAUACAAGAACCAUUGAAGGACCCAUAAUAAUUGAUAAGAACUGUGAAAAUAUUCAAUUUAUGGCACCAAACGUAUAUUGUUGUGGACCAGGAACUGCUGCCGAUACAGAGGCAAUAACAGGUCAGUUCACAACUGCAAGUGCAUCGACGCUACCAUACUGGUCAAGAAUCAAGGUUGUCACAGCACUCACUCACCCUCAUGAAGAAUCACCUUUUUCAAGUGAAGUUUCAUUUGUUGCAAACCAAGAAAUGGAAGUUGCAUUUGAGUUGAUGUUACUGGACGUCAUCUGCAUACUGAGGAAGAAUAACCAGAUGUAUCAAGUCAUGUCAGAAGUUUUGUAG